GUGCUGUCAUGGCGGAGAUGAUCGUAAUGUUAUUUGCUUGUCCACUGUUUUGUUAAACUUUGUGAAAUCCGUUUCGUGCUUCUUUCCGUUGAUCAAGGCCGAUCUGAUUCCAUUCAGUGGGGUUACUGUGUGGCGGUACUUGUAAAAGUUCUUCGUCGUCUGUCGACCGUUGACUGAACUUUAUAAACGGUUCCGGAUCUGUGUAUAUUUACAAGUGUUAUACUCAACCGAACAUGACCUGGAUAUCGUACUUAGUGCCAAAAUUGCACACAGUGCAGUGAACGCCAUCCGGCAAGUUGCCGGAACCAGAUUUGCCGGUCGUGGCAAACUUGUUGAUCUACAUUUGCUGCUAUAAAACACCACAGAGAUGGACAGUGUAACAACUCCGCGCACGACUUCCCAACCGAGGCCGAGUACCAGAAAUAUGACAGGCCUGUAUCUUGGUGCGGAGGGGACUGUACCUAUAGCCAAACCACGUACACACAUCCCACCUUUGGUCCGUAGACGAACCCCGCUGAGACCUCGAUCUCCAACGGAGACCCUCAGAUAUAAAGCAGAUCUGCUGAAGUCGCGGGAAGAGCCCAGAGGAUUCAACCCUUUGCCAAUGAAGCGUUCUAAACCGAAGACGGCAAAAGGGAGGGAAGAACCAGACCCUAUGAGUCCUAGGAAUACUAUAUCUCCCAACUACAGGCAGUUGACAAAGAAAAAUUCCCGUACUUUCACUGUGGUACGAAACAACGGUAUAAGUCACGUGGAGUACCUGACUGAAAAGGAGCGAGUAAAAAGCAGCAAGUCUGAGAACGGUUUCCAGAAUGGCAUUCAAGAUCAUGAACAUGUCAUCGAGGAGAUCCAGCGAGUUGCAUCGAAUUCUCAUAACUGUAUCGGGUUAGACGUGGUCUAUAAUAAUGUCUGUAAGACAUCUAAAUACAGCAGGGCUGAGCACAGGUGCUCUGAUGAUGACAGUCAACUAUACCCACACGGUAAUACAGCUAUGCUGCGAAGCUUACUUCCACAGCGACGAGUUCCCAUGGGAACACGAAAUCGUUCUAUUAUGGCACCGCUUAUGGUGAAGAGUCUACGAAAUCCCCAGCAGCCUCACACUGUAGUACAGUACAGUGAAAUUGACCGCCCCAAAUCAACUAAAGGUCACUAUAGGCCAUCAGUGCCAGCACCGUAUUUUUACGAUAGCCGUAAAAUGCUGAAGCCCGGCGAGAGUAAAGUCAAACUGGUUGAAUUGCCAAACUCUCUAAACGGUAACGCUAAGGUACUGGCUGCACCUGGCGUUGGGUUCAUCUCAAGACAAACGUCAUCAAAACAAUUGCGAAAACAUCACGGUGCCAACCCAGAAGAAGAUCAAUUACCAGAGACAACGACGGUUACUAAUGUGGACAAUUUACAGGGCAGAGCUGAAUCUACGGAGACGUCACGACUCGACCCCCCGGUGCCGUCAGCGACGCCGUCUGUUGCCGAAUCAGUAAUACCAGGAGACUCCUCUGUUAACCUUACCAAAAUCCCAGAGGAUUCCAUUACUGUGGAGGGGGAGGAACCAGACACAGCACGUUGCGCUAGCAGUAGCAUCAGUGUGUCGUUGCCGCAUGUUGAUAAUACCGCAGUUGAUUCUCGGUCUCCCUCUCCACAGCAAGAGGAUGGGGAUACAGCAGUGGUGGAUACAAAUAGUGUAGAUGAUAAAACGGACUCGCAAAAACUCACAGAAAACAAUAAUCAAGACUUAGAAAUAAACAUGGAGCAAAAUAUCAAAUCUAGCAAUAUUGGGGAUGAUGAGCGUUUGCCUGAAGAAAUUUUACCCCCGGACAAUGACAUUGCGGAAACGCAAACACUCGACACUGAGCUAAACGAGGGUCAUAGAUCAAAUGACCAAGAAGUGAAAACAAGUUUGGAACAAAUUCAGGAAGUCCAAAAUGAUUCAAAACCGGUUAAUCGUCAAAUACCAAAGGUUAGAAGUCGGUCUGCAGAGCUACAAAGAACUGUUGAUGUGAUAGACGACACAAAUAACAAUGUUAAGAACAGUCAGGGUCAAAGUCGACCCGCUCUGAACAAUAAUGAAAAAGAGGUGGUGCCCGUUAACAUCCCAUCGGCACCCGUGAUUACAAUUGCAGUGGACGAUGAGGAUGGACAAGGACAGCCGCUUAUGAUAGAUGAUUUUGAACAGAUUACAGCAGAUCCCAUUGAGGAGUCAGCUAUUCCUCAUGGUAAAGACACAGCCGAGUAUAUCGUCGCUGCCUCUAAUAAACAAAGUGAACUGCAACAACUUUUACAAGAACAUUCGCAGCUGGUGUCUCAAAUUGACGACAUGGAAAAGUUGAAAGGUCAAACUGACGUAAAUGAAGAGAGUGAAACCGGGGAGUAACAAAGAAGAUUCAUUUCUGGAUAUCACAGUAUUAUGAUGAACACUUCUGAACCUAUUUCAAUCACUUAUAGCUAUGCAAUGUUGAGAAAAAAUACAGAUUUGUUAAGUAAUGUAUGUCUUUGUUGCAUGUCUUCAGCAGCGUUAAUUAAUAAGCCCGAUAUUUUUUUAUAUUAUGAUAGACCAAAAAAAUCUGCUGAGAAUUUUUUUUAUUUUUUAAACAAAAAGGCAAAGGUUUUCUACUUAAAAUAGAACAAAACAAAACUGUAGUUUGUACUGCUUCUGAAUUACUUUCUACUAAACAUCAGAGCCAAUUUUUAAUUUUAUACCUGAUGCAAAAGUUUUUAUAGUCUGGAAAAACUUUGCCAUCUGGAUUAAUUUUGAUAUUGUGUUCUUUAGAUAUUGCAAAACUUUCACAAAUAACUGAGCAUAUUUUCUAUCACCCUCCAACACCUACCACCAACAUAUUAGAAAUUUUAUUAUAAGUGUCGAUUCCAGGGAGCAAGUAAUUUUUUCGGGCCUGGAAUCUUCCGUUGAAAAAACAAACAAAACAGUUUGA